UCGAACUUAGCAAAGAUAUUUCAUACCCAAUUAUGGCAGCUCCUUUAACAUCAAAGCCCCUGGUGUCCGAUUUCGCAUCCUCCGUUAGUCAUAUCCCUUCAACGUACGUCCGAUCCAUGUCUGACCGACCAAAAUUGUCGCAGGUAGAGACUUCCGGCGAUACUAUUCCUCUGAUCGAUCUUCGAGAUCUCCAUGGACCCAAUCGAGCCAAGAUUAUCCGUCAAAUUGCUCAGGCAUGUUCCACUUAUGGCUUCUUCCAGAUCAAGAAUCAUGGAGUAUCGGAGACAACUGUCAAUAAAAUGCUAACCAUCGCAAGAGAGUUUUUCCAUCAACCGGAGAGCGAAAGGAUGAAAUAUUACUCGACAGAUUCAACAAAGACGACGAGAGUCUCCACCAGUUUCAAUGUCAGCGCUGACAAAAUCUUGAACUGGAGAGACUACCUUCGGCUCCAUUGCUUUCCUAUCAAAGAUUUUAUCGACGAGUGGCCCGAAAAUCCAGUCUCUUUCAAAGAGAUCAUAGCUGAAUACGCUACAAGUGUUAGAGCCUUGGUCUUGAGACUCCUUGAGGCAAUAUCUGAGAGCCUAGGCCUUGAAAGGGACCAUAUAAGCAAUAGAUUAGGCACACACGCUCAACAUAUGGCCUUUAACUACUACCCUCCGUGUCCUGAGCCUGAGCUAACUUACGGACUUCCUGGCCAUAAAGACCCAACGGCUAUCACUGUCCUUCUUCAGGACCAAGUAUCUGGUUUGCAAGUCUUUAAGGAUGAUAAGUGGGUAGCUGUUUAUCCUAUCCCCAACACUUUCGUUGUCAAUAUCGGCGACCAAAUGCAGGUCAUAAGCAAUGAAAAAUACAAGAGUGUGCUUCACAGAGCUGUCGUGAACACCGAGAAGGAGCGGUUAUCGAUUCCAACAUUCUAUUUUCCAUCUACAGAUGCAGUGAUAGGUCCAGCAAAGGAGCUGAUCAAUGGACAAGCCUCUCCUGCUGUUUACAAAAGCUUUCCAUUUGUUGAAUAUUGGGACAAGUUUUGGGACAGAUCUCUAGCUACUGCAAGCUGUCUCGACGCUUUCAAAGCUCCAACAACCUAAAGACUCUCUACUGGGCCUUUAGUAAUUGUACGUGAAUCCAGUAACCCUCUCAAGCGAUGAUUGUAAUAAGGAUGGUUCAAGAUCAGUUUUGUUUCUAAUGAAUAAAAGCAAAUCUGUUUGAAUAAUGAAACAAACUGUCACCACUAAUAUGCGUUUUAAAACUAUACGAAAUGGUUUCGUGCAUGUGCAAAAAUAAUAACUUCAAG